ACAGUAACUGAAUUCAUACUUGUGGCAGCAGGGAAUGCUUGACUUCAGUCAUGAACGAGGACUAUUACUUGGAACUUUGCGAGAACCCCGUGCAAUUCGAACAUGCGUCCAGUGUCAACAAUGUCUUUUUCGACGAGGCCAACAAACAGGUGUUUGCGGUCAGAUCCGGAGGGGCUACUGGUGUUGUGGUCAAGGGUCCAGAUGACAAGAGUUCUGUGGCAUUCAGAAUGGAUGAUAAAGGAGAAGUGAAGUGCAUCAAGUUCUCUAUCGGCAAUAAAAUCUUAGCUGUGCAGAGGACUCCAAAGUCAGUGGAUUUUAUCAACUUCAUUCCUGAUUUCCCUCACAUUGAGUUUUCUCACGAGUGCAAGACUAAGAAUGCAAAUAUAUUAGGCUUCUGCUGGACGACUUGGAAUGAGAUUGUAUUCGUCACAGACCAAGGAAUAGAAUUUUACCAGGUGCUACCAGACAAACGGUCCUUGAAGCUGCUGAAGAGUCAGAGCAUCAAUGUGAACUGGUACAUCUACUGUCCUGAGACCUCUGUGCUCCUGCUCUCCACUACCGUGCAGGGAAACGUACUGCAGCCCUUUGCCUUUAAGAGUGGAACCAUGUCCAAGAUGUCAAAGUUUGAGAUUGAGUUGCCUGUCGUGCCAAAACCUGCCAAACUCAGCCUCUCGGAGAGGGACAUUGCUGUUGCCACAAUAUACGGGGAGCUGUAUGUGAUGUACCUGAAGCACCACUCCAGAACCACCAACAGCCCUGGUGCCGAAGUGGUGCUCUAUCACUUGUCCAGGGACGGCGCCUGUAAGAAGACCCAUGUUUUGAAGCUUAACACGACAGGCAAAUUUGCACUAAACGUGGUGGACAAUUUGGUUGUGGUGCACCAUCAGAGUUCCCUGACUUCUAUUAUAUUUGAUAUAAAGCUACAAGAGCCAGAUUGCCCUGUGAACAUACACCAAGCUGUUCUACCUGGACGCUCCAUCCACCCUUUCAAGAUCCCUCGCACAGGGCCCGCUGCAGCCCCGAGCCAAGCCCCAGUCAUCUGCGAACUCUACUCCUCCACCUGGAGUGUCUUCCAGCCUGACAUCAUCAUCAGUGCCAGUGAAGGCUACCUUUGGUACCUGAAGGUGAAGCUGCAGCCGACCCUCAACCUUCUGCAGGACAAGGGCAAGUUGAUGGAUUUCCUGCUGCGCAGACGCGACUGCAAAAUGGUCAUCCUCUCGGUCUGCUCUCAAAUGCUGGUGGGAGAGGAGAAGGGCAGUCUGCCUGUGGUGGCCACCGUCUUUGACAAGCUCAACCAGGUGUACAAGGAAUACCUGGAUGCAGAGCAGACCUACACCGUGGCGAUGGAAUCUGGUCCCAGUCGAUCAAGCUCCUCAUACAAGAGACCAGUGAGGACACAGGCUGUCAUCGACCAGUCGGACAUGUACACUCACGUCCUAUCUACCUUCGUCGAACGCAAGGGCGUGUGUCACAAGUUCAUCAUUGCCGUCCUGAUGGAGUAUAUCCGCUCUCUCAACCAGUACCAGAUCACUGUGCAGCACUACCUGUAUGAGCUGGUGAUCAAGACCCUGGUCCACCACAACCUCUUCUACAUGCUGCACCAGUUCCUGCAGUACCACGUCCUCAGCGACUCCAAGCCUCUGGCGUGUCUGCUUCUCUCCUUGGAGAGCACCUACCCACCUGCCCACCAGCUCUCUCUGGACAUGCUCAAGCGUCUCUCCACUGCUAACGAUGAGAUCGUGGAGGUGCUGCUGUCGAAGCAGCAGGUGCUGGGCGCUCUGCGUUUCGUACGCAGCGUGGGGGGCCACGACAACGUGUCGGCCAGGAAGUUCCUGGACGCGGCGCGGCAGACCAGCGACACCAUGCUCUUCUACACCAUCUUCCGCUUCUUCGAGCAGCGCAACCUGCGCCUCCGCGGAAACCCCGGCUUCAACCAAGGAGAGCACUGUGAAGAGCAUGUGGCUUAUUUCAAGCAGCUGUUUGGAGAACAGGCACUGAUGAAGCCGGCUGCUGUCUGAACUACAGCGGAGAAGCAAUGGGAGAGUCAACGCUUGCUGAACUAACUGGAAGACACAGUACAUGUUUACCUCACGCACUAAUCAACAUUCCCAUUGAGCUCUAGACUGGCUAGGUGGAGAGAGAGGAGGACAAUCGUCUCUACAGUCUCCCUUGGUGUGACGCCAUUUGAUCAGGCACCAAUUUUUUGGAGCAUGUCAUGUUGACACGGACACCAAGACCUAGACCUCAGACUAACCCUAACUGUCAGUGAAGCCCUGUCGCUGCGAAGGGAUACCUUUUGAGUUUGGCAUCACUGUUUCAUGCCAAGGGCAUACCUUUAGCGUGAAAUAUCUAAGCCUGGCCAAAGACUCCAAAAGUGACAUGUCAGGAUGCGACCAUUUUGAGAAGGGGGAGGGGUGGGGGAGCAUAUGUGAUCCAUUGGCAGUGUUACACACGUAUGUUGUGAUUAAUUGGACUUAAAACUUUUGCAGGCAUUUCAAUAGUCUAUUACAUCAUGCAGAGUCCACUCGCAAAAUGUCCUUGUGAAAAGGAAUGCUCCAUUGUAUAUGUUGUUAAAAAAGAAUACUGUAAUUUAUUAAAGUCUUAUAUUUAAUCAUGUA